UCGCAGUGCAGACUUGAACUGUUUAGCCGAUUACUCGUAUUCAAAUCGGUCAAAAGUACGGCCUUGGUGGUUGUAACCGCAAAGUCCGGUUAAAAUGUCGAAAAGACCUCAUCACGACGAUCAUUUCGCCAGGAAGUCUAAGCAGAGAAGACACGGCGAGGACGGAAAGAGCGAGGAACGACGACCGAAGAAGAUCAAUCCGAAUCAUGAGACAUUGGGUCCUCGAAAUACUGAUCAAGAUCGCAAUGAAGCUGUUCUUGAGGAUGUCGUGUCCACCAGACAACUCCACACCCUGUUGGCAUUCCAACAACAUGACGUCCAGCCCAUGAGACAUGGAAUCCGGACAUUCAAAGGUUUCCUAGACUCCAUCUUGUACGGUGACCCCGACGGAGCCAGUCCGAAAAGGGCCGUUCUGAAAGAGUACCUCGAGCAGUUGCGAAAUGUCCAGCCUGAAACCGCAGACGAGGUGGACUUCGCAAAGGACCUCUGCAAAAUGUGGAGCUUCGCUAGCUCGACGGAUAAUGAGGCCCUCUAUGCUGCUGUGACCGCCGUCCUGGCAUUGCUCAUGAAGACCAUCUCUACCGACGUCGAUUUGACGCAAUAUGGCGAUCUACUUGGCAAGUCGCUUUUGCACGCAACCUAUGCAAAGCUAUUCUCCCGUGGUCUAUCGGCCCCGAAGCAUAGAGAGUACAUCAUCUCUCCAUGUCUUCGGCUCCUCUCCGAACUUGCGUCAUUCAACGGUGGAGCUCUCGUUCGGCUUGUGUACCGGAAUCGAGACUCCACCUUGGAGCCGAAGAUUAUGGCGCGGAAUCUAUCGAUCCAUCGUGAUGAGGAUGAGCAACCGGAUGAAAAUGGUUUCCAGAAACCGUCGGUCCGAUCGAACGCAGUGCGCUACUUGCUGGCUAUCCUUAAAUUUGGCAACGAAGGGAUCAAAACCGAUCUUGUCAAGCAGGCAAGCAUCUUCGGACGUCUGUUUGAGUUCGCCAAAUUCGAUCAUCCCGGUUUGGCGCUGGAGACCCUCGAUACGUUGAAGCAGCAUGUUCUGCUGGAUAAGCAUCUCAUGCGGAAAGACAAAGGCCGAAUUUUCAAUGGACGAAGCUUGACAAACUUAUUACCUGUAGCUCGUCGCGAGGUACCAGCGGGCGACGGAGAGGAUGUAGCACGCAAGGUAGUCAACGCUACCUAUGCUUUCCUCACUUUCGUUUGCACGAAUCCCGAGUCUGGAGUCUUACCUCGCCUUCGAAAGGCAGAUCCCACAGGUGGCACGGAAGGAGAACAACAAAACGAAUCCGGUCCUCAAACUCGGAUCCUAUCAGAUGUUUGCAAUGUUUUGAGGCCCCACAGUAUUGCGGAUGAGGCAGAGAUUCUGAUGCAAAUCUUCGCUCGCGUGCCGCCUGUGCUUCCCAUUUACUUCAAGAAGCCUGAGGCGAUGCCAUUCGACCCCAAACUAACCGCCACCUGGAUCGGCUAUGCCUCGUUCCUCUUCAAAGCUGUGCAGGCCCCAUUCCCGGAACUUACUUCGAAGACAUCCCAGGUGCCUUUAGAGGACCUUGUGGAGUUCGUCCUGCCGGGGCCACUUACUGAAAAGGCCUUGACACGAUGUUUCAACCACAGCUCCGAGCUCAUCAAUCUCUUUGCAAUCCGAAUUCUUAUCAAGAGCAUGGAGAAACUACAGGCCGUCACAGCCCAGUUGCGCCAGCACCCACAGUUUGAAGACGCAUUGGAGACCCUCCAGGCCGAAUUCGCCAAACGAUGCCCUGACAUGAAGACAGCCGUAACCAUGUUCCGACGUUUGAGCGACGACAAAAUCAUGGAGCGCGAAGCAGCCUCUCGCUUACUCACGAUGUACUUCUCGGCGCUCCCACAAGUUGCUUUGCGCGAACAAUUCGACAUCUCGGUUGCUCUGACGCAAAAGCUCGAGCGCUUGGCGAAAGCCCCCGCUAACAAUGGAGGGAAAGAAGAGUCAGCUGAGGAUGAGCACGAACGACAAUUGCAUUUGCUGGACCUGGAGCACCUUGUAUAUGUUGCUGGCUGCUCGCCUGGAUUCCAGUGGUGGAACCGUUCGGAGAAGCUGCAGUACUCGCCUUUCAUUGCGCUCUUGAAGGUCCUCGUGGCGUCCACUGACCGUGCUUCCGGCCAAAUUCUGGAUGUAUUGACGAAUGUCGUAUCCGACAAUGGCAUCCUACAGUUGGAGACCAAGCCGACGGGAUUGAGCGCGCUGGUGACCAGCCUGCGUGCUGUCAAAGACGUGGAUCAGAGCCUGGCGUUCCUGGAUGAGUGCAUCAAUCGAUUCGUCCGGAAGCAGAUUAAAUAUGGCGAUGAUUUGGAACAGAUGCUUGCUGCAGACGAGUCGAAGUCUGAUGGCGUUGUCAAACCGGUUAGUCCGAUAAUCGCUGUUCUGGCUGAACAGUGGCCGUUCCUCCAGAAGAAGGAUGAAGCGACCGUUACUUCAGUGUCAGCGUGGGUCAGCGGACUGCUGGUGACACUCGCCGGGUGUGGUGAAAAUCUUGCGGUUUUGAAUAUCGUCAGGCAGAAGCUUUACGACACCUGCAGCUCGAAGAAGUCGGCCAAGUUGCUCCGCGUUGAUCUCAAGGAAGCAAAGCUCCCGCUAUCGGAGCAGCCCGUUGUGAAAGAAAAGGCUCCAGCGAAGACGGAUGAAGUAACAGAGGUUUCUCCCACCGGUGAACUCACGGUGCCGGACUUCCUGGCCGCAGCGGGACUCAAGGAACACGGAACGGAUGACUACCCCGGACUGACGCGCUGGAUGCAGAAAGACGUGGAAUCCGCGAUCAUGGAUGGCGACGUCGCCGAGCUGAUUCUCUGCCUCUGCGCCGAGCCGCCCGAGAUCCGGAAGCAAGCCAUGCUCAACGGCUGGAAGUUCGCUGAAAAAGUCAAAGCCUCGUCUUAUGCCGCCGCGCAGCAGACCUACAUGAUGUUCGGCGAGCUGCUCUCGACGGCCGAAGAUAUCAUUGAACAGGAGCGAUUGCCGUUCACCGCGGCAGCGUUCGCGAUCAAAGCGUUGCCGAUCCUCGCGGAGCCGUCCGGGGCCCUGUAUCCGAAGAUCAACAUCUUCCUGAUGCGACGACCGAAGUGGACGAUUGAUCGGAUCCCGACGCAUUUUGCGGGGAAGAUCCUGCUGAAUUCGUCGCAGGAAGGGGAUAAGUUCCGGAUGGAGACGCUAUGGCUUUUGGACUACUUUAUUGAGGCGCUACGAUCUCCAAAGGACAUGGAAAUCUUUCGUACGCGCCAGCUCUUUGAGCGGAUUCUGAUAUUGUAUUCCUCGCCCUAUUCGACACUACAGAUUCGACAACGGGUUCUCGCAUUGCUAUACCGCGCGACGUUCGUCGAUGGCAGCACGGCCCUCAUUACCCGACAUGGGGUGAUCGCCUGGAUCAAGAUGCAGAUGAAGUCUUGGAGCAAACACCAGAACGAUUUGAAGGUUAUUUUAGGGAGGCUUUUGGAGAUGUGUGAUAAGGAGAAGGUGAAGGAGUGGAGCAAUGGGACGGCGGAAGGGAUUGUCGAUGAUACCCUGAAAGCCUGAGCUUGUAGAUCUAAAACCAAUGGAGGAACGCGAAGGGGCCAUGCCGUUCUGCUCCAUGUAUGCAGCCUAUGUGGUCUAUUUCUAUGAACCAGUUCCAUGCUCGUCAUGAGCCGAAUGUAUCGCAUGGUUUCUCAUAUGCCGAGAAUCUAGC